AUGCGAAAUCCCGCAAUUAAUGAUUCAAAUGAUUUGAAGUAUGAAGAGAAUGGCUAUACGAGGGCUUGGAAGAAAGUCGGCACCGUCGGUCCGUCCGGCACCGGCGGACAGUUGGUCAAGUUGGACUCGGUGGUGUGGGCCGGCGGGAAAAUGGUGCCGGCCGUCGGUCUUGGCAGACGGGCCGUGUACAGGGUGGUCACAGCCAUCGGACCACCGUUCGUCAUGCACGCGCCCCUGCAACAGGAUCGCCAGUGUCUACGUGGUAUACAAUGUUACCAGAUGACGACGAGCAGCAAGGACAACAUAACGAUGAUUUUCAAGGACGUCAAGUUGGACGCAAACAAAAAGUCGCUGCCGGAGACGUAUUGCUGUUUUGGGUUGUCCAUAGACCUACUGGAAAAGAUGUCGAAAGACUUGGAAUUUGAUUUUCACCUGUACUUGGUCGCUGACGGCACGUUCGGAUCCCGGAAGCUCCAUUGGAAUGGAGUGGUCGGUGAACUUGUGUCCGGUACAGCACACAUGGCCUUCUGUCCUCUGAGCGUCACGUCUACGAGAUCGAAGUGGGUAGACUUUUCUACACCUUAUUUCUACAGUGGCGUCUCCCUGAUGGUCGCCCCGAAGAGAAAGACCAACGUGCCACUGCUUGCGUUUUUGUUGCCACUGAGCCCGAACCUGUGGAUCGCUAUAUUCGUGUCACUUCACGUGACGACAGUGGCAGUGGCGUUGUACGAAUGGUUCAGUCCGUUCGGGUUAAAUCCCUCCGGCAGGCAAAGAUCCAAGAAUUUCGGUAUGCCUUCGGCGUUGUGGGCGAUGUGGGGACUGCUCUGCGGCGCUCUCGUCAACUUUAAAGCACCAAAAUCGUGGCCAAACAAAUUUUUAAUUAACGUCUGGGGCGGAUUUUGCGUUAUAUUCGUGGCUAGUUACACUGCCAACAUCGCAGCUCUAAUUGCUUCACUUCUAUUUCAAAACGCCGAUGUGGAUUACAACGAUCGAAAUAUGUUCUUGAUGAAAGUCGGAUCGGCUAAAUCUUCAUCUGCGGAGGUUUAUUUAAAAGACAAGAAUCCUGCUCUAUGGCAACACGUUCAAAAAUAUUCUGUUCCCGACACUGCGUCGGGCAUGCGAAUGUUAAGAAAUGGUAGUUUGGACAUAUUUAUCGGCGACAAGCCCAUUUUGGACUAUUAUAGUGGAACCGAUCACGAUUGCAAACUCCAACCGUACGGAGAUCCACUUUACGACGACGUUUACGCAGUGGGAAUGACCAAAAAUUUUGUCUUAAAGGAAAAGGUGUCUGCAGCUGUUUCGACGUAUAUCAACAACGGCUUCAUGGAUAUCCUACAGAACAAAUGGUUCAGUGAUUUACCUUGCGUCAACCGCGAACUCGAAACAUCGGACAUUGGGCAGCCUACACCGUUGGGCGUCGACGCAUUUUUAGGCGUUUUCCUCAUGCUGGGCUGUGGAAUACUGGCGGGCGCCGUUAUCCUUUGUUUAGAACACGCCUUCUAUCACUACGCGUUGCCCAAACUUCGGCAGAAGCCUCCUGACUCGAUAUGGAGAAACCAAAAUAUGAUGUUUGUCAGUCAAAAACUCUACAAGUUUAUAAAUAGCGUAGAAUUAAUAUCGCCACAACACACGGCCAAAGAACUAGUGCACACGCUAAGACAAGGGCAAAUCGCAUCGCUGUUUCAAAAAAGCGUACGGCGAGUGAGUUUGCCUUUUAUGCAUCCUCAACACGCACAGAAAGAGUUUGAGCGUAGAAAACGGAAAGGUCAAUUUUUCGAAGUUAUCGAAGAGAUCCGAAGAAUACAAAGGGAAGAGAGGGACAAUAAAAAACAAAACGUCAGAUUGACACUGUCGAACUCUCCGACCGCCGGACUGUCUCCGAAACGUACAACGGCGAAAUUUUUGUCACCAGCCAGGUUGAGCCUCGGCAGACGUUACAGCAAGCAGAGGUCGCGAAGCUCUGGGAACUUGAGCAUCCGCCGGUACAGCACUGACGUGGCCAGUUAUUCGGAGACCGUGGGCCGACGACUUAGCCAAGGGGCGUCCAACAGCCCGCCGGACUUCAACACCAGAAAACAACUGAUCAGACGGUCGUCGGGAAACCCCAGCCCGGCAGACUCCAGCAGGAUGAGCAUAUUUUCCGCUUCCGAACUGAUCGGUGCGAAACUCAGCAACAACAACUUGUACGUGGAAAACGAUCUGCCACGCAGCCCCAACCUCCUAUCUCCCGGCGUAUUUUUUAGGUCGAGUUUUUCGUCGGACACGUCGUCGUCUCGACCCGACUUGCAGGGCGUACAAUCGCGGAAGUCGAGCUACUCGCAGGGACCGCCCCGGGUGAUGAUCAACGGCGAACAGCAGCCGACCACCCGGCGCAAGUCGGACGACGAGCCGCCGGCCACGCUGCCGCGGAUCGUUGAGGAGCUGGAGGCGCUGAGCAAGAUGUCAGAGGACGAGAUCAAGCACUGCAUAAUCCAAGCGCUCAAGGACAAGGACCCGACUUGA